AUGGCGUUUCCCUUAGAUCUGGCUCAAUUGUUGAACCAUUUGAGAACGUCAUACCUUUCUUUGGGUGAUGAAUCGGAAUACUUCAAGAGAAUAAUUGCUCCAAACUACCCGGGCCAUGAAUUUGUUUCCGAUGGAAGUACUCCGAAUGGCUCGUUACAGAAUUCUCCACCAAUAACGUUUGAGCUCGGAAGCCAUGUGAAAACGUCAAUCAACAACAGCCCCUAUCAGCACAGAAGAGAUUCAAGUCAAGCAGGAGAACAUUCAAAACAAAGAAAGAGUAGGAACAAGCGUCACUCACUGAGCUUAGUGAAAAACCGGACCCAUAUUCUCGACACUGAGUCUCCUAGAGCUAUUUUAAAUGAUGAGUCAAUUGCAAACUUGACCCCCGGCUCGGUCUUGACUGACUUAUCGCACGGCGAUACCAAUAGCGACAAAGAUCCAAUUGAGUUGCGGCAAGUACAAGAGGAGAUUCUGAGCCAACACCAUUUCGGGGCAUUGCAUUCCAAGCAUAAAAAGAAGGUCAAAACAAAGUCAAAACUGAAAAUACCCAUUGUCAAAUUCUUUAAGUCGGGAAAGAACGAGAUUUCUGAUUCCGAUAGUAGCGACGACGAAAGAAGAGGAUCUAUCAUUACGUACGCAUCAUCGCAGCUCACCACAUCGAAGGAAGAUUUUACCGAUAAGGACACUAGUUCAGUUGUUAAUGACACACAGAGUACGCAAAGUGUUGACCCAAAACAGUCAAUUGUUUCAAACCGUGAAAACCUGUCAUCUGAUCAUGUUCACGAUAGUGGAAGUUCAUUGGGAUACAAUGACAAGUUUAGUGAAGUGACAACGGAUGAUGAUGAUGAUGACGAUGGGUACGAGGACCACGCCUUUGAGUCUGAUGGUGAAAUUUCCGACGACUCUGAGUUUACUGAUUUGGAUAAUGAUACAAUUAUGGAGUCGUUUUCGCGGUCAGACUCUAUCAGCAAUGCACUAGAUAAACUGAUACCAAACAAAGACAGUGUUGGUCCUCAAUUUGGAAUGAAUAGGAAAAAGAGAGCCAACACUUUCAGCGACCACACAGUUCCUAAAACCCUCGGAGCAAACUAUUUAAAUAGCCAAACUGUGGGGUCUAAUUUGAUGCAAGUGCGAUCCUUUGGAAAUUUGGUUGAACUCGAAAGACCAUCGCUUUCGUUUGCAAAAGUGGAACCCAAAGUAUCAGACACCAAUCGAGCGUCAAAUUUGAGCUCAAUGAUACACUCAAGAUUUAAAUCAACCACAGUCAACCCCUUAAACUAUUAUCUUUUCGUUGACGGAUUGGUAAGUGCCAAUUCCUCGCGAGCUACGCAGUUGAAUGUAUUUCUCCCCCCAAAAACAUCCCCCACGUUGAAUAAUUUAAGUAUUGAUCGUAAUGUAUCGAUUGCAGACUGCAUUGGGUUCAUUUUGCUUAAUUUGUUGAAGCUCCCUGAAGUAAGUGAAUUAAACGAUCCAUCAUUUUUGAACCCAAAUUUUUGGAGGUUGGAGCUUGUUGAUGAAGACGGGGAAAACUACGGAUCUUUCGGGGUUUUAGAUAGGAGUAGGACUUUUUCAUCCUACAAUAAUCCAAAAGAUUUGGCUCUUUGUCGUGUUAAGGAUGUUGUUGAAAUUGACAGAAAUGAAACUUUGUCGCCGCUUCCAAUAGAAUUCAGACAAAAUCUAACUGCAUUUGAGCAGAAGAAAAAGAGUAUUGACCAGAGUGGUGAUGAAGUCUCCAAGGUCGAUCUUCUUGUCAGUGUAUUCGAGUACGACAAUAGUGGAAUACCACAGAAAGUUCCGUUUAAAGCCCCUCGUAAUUAUACAAUGGGACAAGUUUUGAAAGAAUUUUGUGUCCAAAGAGGGCUCAUCACUACAGAAUAUCGCUUUAAGGUUGUGGAGUCUGGAGGUACAAAAAGUCGUUAUGUUAAGGAUGUUGAACUUUGUGGAGCUUUGCAUCUGACAAUUUUGGAGUUAGUCCCUUCCGAUACAAAAUUCAAUUUGAUUAUUGACACAGAGGAAAAGAACAGCCAAAUACAACCCACUACCAGCCCUGAUAUUUUCCCUGCCAAUUUGACCGCGCCAAACAUUACUCCGUACAAUGACGGACUAGCUGCUAAGAUGCGAGAUAUAAAAUUAGAAACUUCUGCAGCAGCAACGCUGUCUAAAUCAGAACAAGUUAAAUCUAAGCAGCAGCUCAAGUCGACAAAAUCUCAGAAAGAGACACUAGCUUCGAAUAAGUAUUUGGAUGAUAUACUUCAAGGCAAUAACCCACAGCUUCCCACAAAUAUUAAUUCAAUCUACUUUAAGUGGAAAGUUUUAAAGAACAACAAUAAGAUGAAAAAAAUGAAGAUAAAGACUUUUACAGAGAAAAACUUUAUAAUCGAUGGAGAUUAUAUUCACAUAACACCCCCGGACGACCUAAUGUUGAAGAAUAUAGGCGAGUCGGUAGCACAUAAUCAACCACUUAACUUUAACCAACAUCAUACAUAUCACAACUUGAACCAGCAGUUGAAUCGAGUUUCGAACAAGCAACUGACCAAGACGUAUUCUUUUCAUAUAACGCAAAUAUUGAAGGUGAAACAGUACUCCAAACACCCCAAUCAUUUUCGAAUAAUUGUACAGAGACAGCAAGCCGACGGGGAGAAUGGGUCUAACUCGAAAGAUCCAUUGAAGAAGUUCUAUUUGGUAUCAGAGUCCGAGGCGGAAUGUUCGGAAAUUAUUAACAAAUUGAAUUGGGUUCUGCAGGCCUACAAACUUUCCAGUGGCGCUAUAUAG